CGUCUCAUCUCACACCCCUGAACUUGCUUCACUUGCCUUCUUCUUCUUCAUUGAUGGAGCUUUCUGCGGCCACAACUGCUCGUCUUCUCAGCUGUCCAACUCCAUCUCUGCCACUCCAAUUAUCCAGACCUAGGGUUUCUUGCAGGCCACUCUCACUUUUCACUUUAGGAAAACACUCGAAUUGGAGCAAGGUCACGUAUAUGGAUUCUCAAUUAACCCCUUGUGCUACUCGGAAUGAUGACAACGGUUCUACUUUAACCUCUUCCCAAGUAGAUUCUGGCUUAGAGGCUCGAACUGGGGAAGUCAAAAGGGUGACUAAGGAGACCAAUGUUUCGGUCAAAAUAAACUUGGACGGUUCUGGUAUUGCUGAUAGUAAUACUGGCAUUCCCUUCCUUGAUCAUAUGUUAGAUCAACUUGCUUCGCAUGGGCUAUUUGAUGUGCAUGUUAAGGCAACUGGCGACGUCCACAUUGAUGAUCAUCAUACAAAUGAAGAUGUUGCUCUAGCUAUUGGAACGGCCUUCCUGAAGGCACUUGGUGAUAGGAAAGGAAUUUAUCGGUUUGGUGACUUCUCUGCUCCUCUAGAUGAAGCGCUUAUACAUGUCUCGCUGGAUUUAUCUGGUCGACCAUAUUUGGGUUACGACUUGCAAAUUCCUACCCAGAGAGUUGGAACAUAUGACACUCAGUUGGUGGAGCAUUUUUUCCAGUCAUUGGUAAAUACUUCUGGUAUGACACUUCACAUUCGGCAGCUUGCUGGAAAAAACUCUCAUCAUAUUAUUGAGGCAACCUUUAAAGCAUUUGCCAGGGCUCUUAGACAAGCAACAGAGUAUGACCCCCGUCGCCUGGGAAGUGUACCAAGUUCCAAAGGUGUUCUAUCACGUUCGUGAUACCUGCACAUUCAAUGAAGAGGCUAUGCCAAAGCUCAAUUAUAAAAAUGCAUAGCCUUUGUCAUCUUAUAAAAGGAAUUAUUCAGUUUGAUAUGUUGGCAAAGAGUCUCUGCAGCUGGUGGAAGCUUCUGGUGAUUGAUUGAUUCCCCAUGAAUAAGAACGUAAGAUGGCUGCUCAAAUACUUAGGAUAGUACUUCCCAAAGAACUGUUGUAUAGCUAUCAUUUUCUUGAGCCUGUAUCUUAUUCUCAUUGUUGUAUUAUAUUACCUUGUAGGAGCUUAAUUAUUGGUGUUGAGAUUUUUGCCAAUGUAUCAGUUUGUUUUGGAUGAAAUCUUGAGAAAUUUUCCAUUAUUGAAUAAUGUAUGCUGUAUACAUUCUGAUUUCCA